CAGACAGUACACGUCGGCUCCCUCGCGGCCUCGCAGCUCACCGAUCGCUUCGCACGUUUGCCUACAGCCCCCGGGGAGGGUAAGAAGAGAAACAGAGCCAGGAAUCAACAGACAGCCGAAUUCGCCGAAGGUGCAUCCAGCGGCAUCCAGCUAUUGAACAGGGGUUUCCCGGAUUCCUGCAGGAUGGCGUUUCGCGUACUGUUCGGGAUGCUGUGUCUAGGGGCACAGGCCUUCCUAAGCUUGCAUGGAACAUCCAGUGGCACUGACGAAUCCAGUCUGCUCUCUGCUCAAAAUGUAGGCGAAAACUGUGAACAUCACACAACAACGACCAGCCAGUUUGAGGAGUACUUCGACAUCGAUCGAAUUGGCAACAACCGGACGGAGCAGAACGUCGUCGACUUUACGCUGUUCGUGCAGGUGCGCAACAUGCAGGAGGAGUUGGCGAUCCUGCUGUCCGCCAGCAAUCGCUCCCGCCAGCAUCCCGACUACGGCCGAACGUACGAGGUGCGGAUCAGCAACGUGUACACCGUCAUCUACAAGGAAACGCUCCGGAUGUCCGCACACCACAGCCACAACUUCAACUUCUUCCCGGGCGAGCAGUUUCGGCUGCGCAUCCAAAUCACGCGCGCCGGCCACAUCACCGUGUCCAUACCGGGCUUGCAGAAAUCGCUCAUACUGACCGUGCACGACGAACGCCCGCCUAUUGAGGUGUCGUACAUCAGCUUCGGCUCGCGCAUGAACGCCUAUCCGGUGACGUUCUACUUCAACUGCGUGGACGCAGCGUCCGCGGCAGCGACGCAGCGGAAACUAGCGGCCGACGCCGCCGAUGGCCAAGAGUCGGCCAUGGCGGGCGGUUCACGGGGGCAGCAGCCGGGCUCGCAACCUUCGCACGACGCGGAGGAGGACGGGCAGCGUCGGCCAACCGACGACGACCACGACGAGCCGGACGACGACUCGGUUGGUGGGGGCAGCGAAGGCACCGGCCAGCGGCAGGACGCAUCCGGCGAUCAGGCCGUCAAAUGUCCGGUCUGUCCGAAGCCGGAAAAGUGCGAAGUGAUCGUGAAGGCAUGCUCCGACACCUCCAAGGAUCUGCUGAUGCAGGCAUCCGGCACGGACAGCGAGAAACAAAAGUACUUUUUCUACUUCAACGUUUACCUGAGCAGCAAGAACGAGAAAGGUAGCAAGGUGCCGGUGGCGGACGCCACCAAUCAGAUCGCAUAGAGAAUCCCGGAGCUUCCCAAUAACACACCUCUAACAUAUCGGUCCCCUGGCAACGCACAACGUGGGGGACACUAGUGCAAUAGCGGACAGCGCAAAACGGCACAGCAAAAACAAAACUAUUCUAUUUCAUCUCCUGUUACGACUUUACACAAUCUUUUACACGAGUUUGGCGCCACCAGGGCAGCGUGCUGACGCGUGCGGCGGAAGAUAACCCCGUAGCGCACGGGCAGGCUAGAAUGAUGACAUUAUAUUUCCAAUAAACCUAUUGAGCAUUCUUCGUGCAGACUUGAUCACAGUAUCGCAUUGUAUCCUGACGCUUCCAUCAACGCUGUUGUCAUCCGAACAAGAAAGGACCAACCGUUUGCGACAACGGUGGGGGGGAGAGGACACGACACUUUGUAGAAGAAAUGGGUAUUUUGCUGCUAAUUUACUGUACGCUCGUUUGGAAUGUCAUCCAGAACCGGCUAUCUGUGGUCUGGUUCCCCGAGGAUGUCUGCCUGUGGUUGGUGAGCGCAACAGGAAACAAAACAAAAAAACAACAAAAUGGAAAAGGUGAACGUGAAGCCAGACAAAAACAUCAGAACGUUUGCGCCAAGAACGUUCACCUCAAACGUGCUCCCCGCAUUACCAUACAUAUUUCGCUUGAAGCUCCAACACCAAAGCAAAGCUCCCACACACACACACACACACGGCGGACGGACAAUGGAAUGGAAAAUGGAAGUGCGUAGUGCAAUCGUAAUGCGCGUAGGGAAGCUACGAUAGCGAUAGUUGCACACAGUCCCACACGUUGCAAGUAUUAAUAAAACAAAACGAUAACAGCC